AUGCGCCAAAACGGCAAAGCCAACUCCACCUUCGCAAUCCUCCCUCGACCUGACCAACACCGCCGGCUCUCGCUUCCCGACAUCCAUCGCCAUCGCCAUCGCCAUCGCCAUCAUUUCCCAACGCGCUACAUUGACUCGCACUCGGAUCGCAUUGGUGUCGCUCUUCCACAAGUGACUGCGACCAUCGCGCCGGGCACCAUGCACGCCGGGCAGCAGGGCGCACGCGCACCAAAUACCGCCGCUGGUGCUGCUGCUGCUGCUCCUUCCACAUCGCUAUCAGCUUCCGACCCGUCUUCAUCCAGCCGCGGUCUCCAUGGUCCACCCAACAUGGCAGGCAUAGGCGCAGGCAGAUCAGGCGCUGCAUCGUCAUCCUAUCGUUCCUUUGGGUCCACCGAUUCGCGCCCACACUACGACACAAGAAUGCAGUGGAGCACCUCCGACUCUUCACACCAGCUCGACCAGUCACCUGCGCAUGCGGCUCUGUCCACCACGCCUUCCGCCUCUUCUUUUGAUACCCAGUCCCAGUCCCGCUCCUUCGACAUCGUCAGCAUGCCAUCUUCCUCCUCGCUGCAUACUCUCCCGUCUACACUCUCCCUCGCCGCAGCAACGUCGUCUCGCGUGCCGUCCAGUGCCACGUCGUCCUCCUCUUCCUCGAGUCACCGCGCCAUCACCGAAGCCGAGCUGCUAGCCUUUGUCAACGAAAAACGCCAAACUGCAGCCAUCAAGUCGGCAUCGGCUGCCUCUUCAGACGCCGCCCGCUCGCAUUCCAAGGACGCCUCGGACACCACCAACGCGCUCGAUACCCUCGACCUCUGUCAUAAGCGCAUCGAUCGCGUCCCCGAUGCGCUCGUCGACCUCAUUCAGCACGACGUCGUCCGUCUCGCUUUGGGCUACAACCACAUCACCAGGCUGCCCGCCAGCUUCGCCGAUCUCCACAGCCUCCGCUACCUCAACAUCCGCGCCAACAACUUUGCGCACUUUCCCGACUGUGUCACCCACAUGCCCAACCUCGAGAUCCUCGAUCUUAGCCGAAACAAGAUCCGCGAGCUGCCGCAGCAACCCGGCCGUCUGUUGUCGCUUCGCGUGCUCUCCAUGAACGCCAACCGCCUCACCGAGCUGCCGCUCUGGGUAGGCAAGAUGAAGCACCUCCGCAUCCUCAAGCUCGACAACAACCCGCUCGAGUGGCCACCUCCGCACAUCUCAAAGAUGCCCAACGUCGCACCGCCAAAAGCGCCCGGCUCGUCGCGCUCGUCGUCGGCUGCCGAGAGGGACAAGGCGAAGCGCUUCGAGGACCGUCAGAUGCUCGUAUGGAUCGCCAAGCUCCGGUCCUGGAUCAACGAUCCGGAAAACCAGCCGGAUCAGAACACCCUCGCCGCGUCCGCAUCUACGGCCGAUGCCUCGGCAGCCAUGGCCACGAACGCCGAGAUGCCAUUCGACGCGACUCCCCAGCCAGGCACAGACGAUACGCGAGCGACGCAACUGCCCGAGAGCUCGUCUGCCUCUUCGACCGAUCUCAUCUCGCUUCAGGUACACGUGCCAGAGAGUGUGGCAGCUGCCAGCGAACAAAUCGUAGAUACCGCAAACGCACAUCCUGCUUUGUCACAUCAAGACGUCGCAUCAAAUGCAGCCGUCACUUCCAAUCCGUCGACGACCUCGGGUCCAUCGCAAGUCAGCGCAGGGCUGCUGCCUCCCCUGGUGCCUCAGCCUUCGACAAACACCGAGACGGCAGAAGCGGCAGCAGAGGCCGGAUCAACAGAGCAUGAAUCUGAACAAGCACGGAUGCGACGGGAUGCCUUGAACGAGCAGCCGCUCGCAGAUCCUGUGACGCCACAUACGGCAAGGGCGACACCAACGGCGUCGACGCCCAUCACUGCCACGCACCGAAUCGCCGCCAUGGAUGCCGAGAAUCGCUCGCACGGCCGCAACAAUUCGCAUUCGGUAGUGCACGACAUGACGCUCUCGCAUCAGAUGGAGGGGCGUCGGUCGCUCAAAACCAAAAAGUCGCUCCCGGAUCUGCGCAAGAGCCACGAAGACAUUCUGAUGGAGCGAAGAAAUGCUUCCGCCGACCAGUUGGUCGAGCAAAGUUCGUCCGAGUCCAAGGCACGCGGUCAAGACCAGCAGAUCAAGGAUCGAUUCCAGCAGACCGACCAAAACGCGGCUUCGCUUGCCACACCUGCCGCCGAGUCGGCAUCCGCAUCGGGCUCGAGCGCAGCCAUGCUGCCGCCGUCCAGGAAGCCCUUGCUGCAGACGCGUCGCAUGCCUCGUCCCAGUCUCGGUGGCGCAGCUGGCACUUCGACACGGCCGGGCGUCGAAGGAGCUGCGAGUGGCAAUGCCGGCGGAGGACUGCGCAAACUCAGUCUGCCCACGGUCGGGGCCACCAAGGCUGCAGCGGAUGCGGCUGCGGCGGCGCUUGCGGCUCGAGCAGCCUACGCGCAGACGCCGCCGCGCUUCGACGUCGGCCACGGAAGGAUGUCUUCGGAUCGCGGCGAAUGGCCGUCGCGUGCUGCGUCGCCUACGCUCAACGGUGCACGCGCUGCUGCGGACCACGAGCGCAACAGCUACUUUCGGCGACUCUCGACGCUCCCGCCCGCAACGAUCUCCAAGGCCGUACCGGCGCCCGUGCUCAAGUUCGUCGACGGUACGCGCGGCGUUCUGUUUGCGCUCUCGCAGAUCCACGCGGCCAUUGGGCAGUUCAUGACGCCCGUGAUCGACGAGCGCAUCUCGGGCCAGUUCCACCGCCUGCUGGAUAUCUCCAACGGCUCGGUGGCGAAUCUGAUCAAUGCGCUGGAUCGGUUCGACUCGCUCUCGCGGCGCGGCACGCCGGAUCCGGCGGUGAUCCGCGGCGUGCUGGUGACGUGCAAGGACUCGGUGAUCACGUUCCGCAAGCUGGUCAGCGUGCUUCAGCUGCAGCUCAGGGCGUUGCAGAGCAGCUCCGACGUGAGGUACGCCAGGACGCUGCUGCUCAUGCUGUACGGUAGCAUGGCCGAGGUGAGCAAUAGCUGGACCGAGAUGGCGCCGCUGCUCGAGGCGGUGCAGCCGUAUCUGACGCAGGCGGAUCAGGAGGCGGCAGGCGAGGUGGAAGGCAGUGCGACGCCGCCGAAAAAGCCUACGCCGCCAUCGACACGCGCGGGGAGCUUGAGUCAGAAGAGCACGAGCAUUCCCACCGGCGUCGCAGGGAUGCUGCCGAGCAUUGCCGAGGCCUCGACGCCGGUGAGGUCGGGGACGCGGCCGCAUAUGACGCGGGGACCGAGUCGAAGAAGACAUGCGGGGUCGUUUAGUGCACAGGAUCUGGCGCAGGGCGCGGCGAUGACGCCGAGCACGAGCAACCAGCCGCCGUUCAAUCUCGGGGAUCUGCAGGCGGCGUCGGCGUACAGCACGCCCGCGCGCGGCGCGCGGGCUCGCAGACAGGGCAGCUGGGGCAAUAGCGCCAGCAGCACGGCCACAUUUGCGCAGUCCGACUCGGAUCGCAGCGCCGUCGAGCAGCCCAGCACGCCGGUCGGGGCGGUGCUGCAGCGAGGCGUGCACUCGACCCCCGCGAUGAGCACGCCCACGUCGAGACAGAAGCGCUCCGGCUCCAAUGCGAGUUCGGCCAUGGACGCGCAGCACGUGGGCGGGACGCCCAAGAGCCACAUGGGUACGCCGGCGACACCGGCAACACCGGCAGAGGCAAGGAAGCACGCUGCAGCGCCAUCGACCGGUACUGGCGGGGUGGGCAAGAGCAUGCAGAUGCCGGUGGCCGACACCAAGAUCACGGUCGACGACCAUCUGUUGGACAUGGUGGACAACAUCACCAAGCUGUCGGCGCGGACGUGGUCGAUUCUAUUCGAGCAUCUGCGCACGGCGGGUGUGGACAAACGCAGCGGCGACGACGAAGAUGCACCGGCCAUCCGCGUGGAUGCAGCCGAGGGAGAGGAGGCAUCGGUGGAGAGGCUGCGUGGGCUAAGGGAUCUGGCGGGCGAGACGGACGAGUUGACUUCCCAGUUGAGGUCGACGUAUCUGCGUGCGCGCGAGCAAGAACAUCGCGAAGACGACGACGAGACGAGGACGGAGGCUAUUUCGCAGGCUACCGCAGCGGCGCUGUUUGAAGAGUCGCACCAGUUUGUGAGGAAGAUCGUCGAGACCUCGACUAUGGUCAAGGCGAUCUCGGUGGGACACGAGUUUCCAAGGGAGUUGCGGAGGGGGUUGGGGCAGGUGGCACAGGCGUGUUCGAAUCUCACCGUGUAUCUGUUGUGGCUCAGCCCAGCACCUGGUGCCUAG